UGGAUCGCGUCGCCGUUAGCUGACGGCGUCAUGAAUUAAGGCCGCGAUAAAUAGGUUCGCAGAGCUCGGCGUCCCCCGCCCCUCCUGAGAGGAGACGAGGGCGGAGACGGAGGAGGAAGGGGAAGGAUCAGGACGACCUAACGAACGCGAGAGUCCAAGUAUAACUCGCCUCUCACAUCUAGGAUGCCUUUGCAACCUGAUAACUCGAUGCCCCUGGUUAACGAGGAUUGUUACUCUGUUGCUUCUACUGCACUAUCCAUAAGAACUUUGAAAGGCGGGACAACUGUGGCAACUGCUACUGCCCCUGCUUUCCGAUGCAGUGAGCGUGCAGAAAAGCGGAAGGAGUUCUACUUUAAAUUAGAACAGAAGCACCAGGCUCUGGAAGCUGAGAAAAUCCAGUCUGAAGCUAGACUAAGGGAAGAGCAAGAGGCAGCUCUGAGAAAACUAAGGAAGAGCUUGAUCUUUAAAGCAAACCCAAUGCCUAGCUUCUACCGUGAGGGUCCUCCGCCUAAGAUUGAACUAAAGAAGGCCAAUCUUCUUUUUGUACAAAAGGUACCUCCUACUCGUGCAAAAUCACCUAAUCUCACUCGAAGAAAAAGCUAUGGCGACGCUAAGACAACCGAAGAGGAUAACUGCAAUGGAGGAUGUGGACGGUUUCAUCGUCACAGUCUGGGUACCAACAGGGAAGCCACAAAAAAGUUGCAGAACAAUCCGGAGAACAUAAAGGGCAAAGAAGGGCUCAAAUCCAAGUCUCUUGCAGUUGCAACAAAUCGGGCAAGUGCCGGAGUCACUGUGCAGAUGUGAAAUGUGCGUUUACAUGCUUCUAAGCUUUACUUUAGCCUUGCAACUGAGUCGACGGUUUGUUUUUGCUUACUGAUAUCUGAUGCUGUAAAUUCUCUAACGUGUACACAUGAUGUGAUUUUGUUUGACUUGCUACUGUCUUCCUGGUUAUGAAAAUUUAUGAGAACCAUGAAUUCUGAGUU